UUGUGUGAAAUUAAAAAUGUAUUUAUAACCUAAAUUCUGCACAUCAGCAUAGGAUUUCAAAAUUAAUUUAAUGCUACCAAUGAUCUUUAACAUUCUUAGAGUAUUGGCCCACGAGGAAUCCAUAAACAAUCUUAAACAAAGCAUCUUUGUCAAGUUCAUAAGUUUUAUUUGAUAGACUUUUGAACAAACCUGAAAAAAUUAGCAUCUGUUUACGUCUACUUCUUCCAAGUUGUUUAAAACAUGGCAAACAUCAACAUGGGAUCCAUUUAUUGCCCUAUGUCGAGACAAUACUACACUUUUCACCAGAAAUCCUUGACAUGGGGUCCUUGGAUAUGGUAUCAGACUACUACUGCUGGGUCAAAGACACUGGAAGUCUGUGAUUAUCUGGGAGAAUCGUUGGCUUCAUUUUUUGGCAUUACAACCCCUAAGUACCAGUUUGAGAUAGACCACUUCAAUCAGCUGGUGGCUGAGGAGGAGGCUUUAAAGAAGGAACAAGACCUGGAGAUGGGAGGAUGGGUGACCAAGUCAGCUGAAGAGCAGACAGCCACUGGGGUUGCACCAAGCGUUACUGAGCCUCCUUCCACACAGAUGACACUUUGAUGAUUCUCCAUGCCUUCUGUGUCUGAAAGAUUAUUUUUAUUCUACAAUUGAAAAUUUAAACAUUUUACUAACAAUAUAUUUAAACUAUUAACUUGUAAAUAUUGUGUCUAAUUAUUUUUUUUCCUUGUAAGUUAAAUAUGUAUGUAAAGGAAAGUGUUGAUUUGUAUUAAAAAAUAUUAUUUAUUGGUCAUAUGCUGUACUGAGCUUGGGCCCCUACAUAGUCUAAUUUGGUUGGCCACAACUAUCAUGCAAGAGAUUAGGUUCAGAACAAACUAUUGUUGUUGAUAUAACAUAAAUAAUAAGCAACAAGACAUGGGUGUUGAACAUUCUGCACAAUGUGAUCUUUUACAAUUAUAGAUAUAAUUUAUAUUAGAAUAUACUUACAUAUAAGGUAAGUGUGGUCUUUCUGUUCUGUGUAUUCUCUGCUGUGAUAUUUAUAGUACAUGCAUAUUUUACCACAAUGUCACUUUACUGUAAUAAAAAGUUUUACAUUUUGA